AAACCCCCCCGCGUGAAAUCCAACAAUUGACGUUCUCCGGAAACCCUCAAGACGCCAUUUUCAUCACCCAAAUCUCGCUCUUCCUUCAACGUCUCUUUGAACUGUAAGUUUCAAAACAAUCUCAUGCAAAUCUUCACACAAUCUCUGCUCAUCUCUAUUCACACGCAAAAAAAAAAUUCGAAGAAUAGAAUAGCUGAAUGUAAAUAGAUUUUCGUAUCAUACAUCUUCAUAUCUUUGAUUUGGUUUGUCUUCCAAAUUCUGAUCUUUAUUAUUCAUAAUCGCUUCCAUGGCAAUAAAACCCUGUUUUAGAAUCCUCAUUCAUUGCCGAGACAAGGCCUUUUUUGGCUUCCCAUCUCCAAAACUCCACCAUUCAUUCACCAAUAUUUCAUCAAGUUUUAGAUUUAAUUUUGACCAUAACUAUAAAUUCCAUAGCUACUCGCCUCGAAUCUUGGGUUUUCGAGGCGUGACUGAUCGAACCCAGAAACCGUUUUAUGCCCCUAAUUCGAAUUGGGGCCAAUCUAGGGUUUUUUCCAGCACUUUCAAUGGUGGUGGUGGUGGUGUAGGUAGGGGUGUAUAUGUGAUUGCUAGUGCUGUAUCGAGUGUUAGGAAUUAUUCGACUUCGGUUGAGACCCGUGUGAAUGAAAAGAAUUUCGAGAGGAUAUAUGUUCAGGGUGGCAUGAAUGCGAAGCCUGUAGUAGAAAGAAUUGAUAUAGAUGAAAAUAUAGCGAGAGAUGAGGAAUCUAGGGUUCAUGAUGACGGUGAGAAUGUAAAUAAUGAGAAUUCAAAAGGUUUGGACAAGGUUGAGGUGUUAGAUGCCCGUAAAGAAGAGUCUGAGAUUGAGAAAGAAGCAUGGAAGCUGUUGCAGCACGCAGUUGUGACAUAUUGUGGGAGCCCAAUCGGAACAGUGGCAGCAAAUGACCCGGCUGAAAAGCAACCACUUAACUACGAUCAGGUCUUCAUUCGUGAUUUCGUUCCAUCUGCCCUAGCUUUCCUGCUUAAGGGGGAGCCAGAGAUUGUGAGGAACUUCCUCCUCCAUACCUUGCAACUGCAGAGUUGGGAGAAAACAGUGGAUUGCUACAGCCCAGGGCAGGGGUUGAUGCCGGCAAGUUUUAAAGUUAGGACUGUGCCUCUUGAUGAAAAUAAGUUCGAAGAAGUUUUAGACCCGGAUUUUGGUGAGUCAGCAAUUGGCCGCGUUGCACCUGUGGACUCUGGGUUGUGGUGGAUUAUCUUAUUGAGAGCUUAUGGGAAGAUCACUGGUGACUACACCCUACAAGAAAGGGUGGACGUCCAGACGGGCAUAAAACUCAUUUUGAACUUGUGUUUGUCUGAUGGAUUUGAUAUGUUUCCUACCCUCUUAGUCACUGAUGGCUCCUGCAUGAUAGACCGAAGGAUGGGCAUCCAUGGUCAUCCCCUUGAGAUUCAAGCCUUAUUCUACUCGGCUCUGAGGUGCUCCCGGGAAAUGCUCUCUGUAGAUGAUGCAUCCAAGAAUUUGGUGAGGGCCAUAAACAAUAGACUUAGUGCAUUGUCAUUUCACAUCAGAGAAUACUAUUGGGUUGAUAUGAAAAAGAUUAAUGAGAUAUACAGAUAUAAGACAGAGGAAUAUUCCACAGAUGCUACUAACAAGUUCAAUAUCUACCCCGAACAAAUCCCUCAUUGGCUAAUGGAUUGGAUUCCAGAAAAGGGCGGUUAUCUGAUUGGCAAUUUACAGCCGGCUCAUAUGGAUUUUAGGUUCUUUACACUUGGAAAUCUCUGGUCUAUUGUUUCAUCGUUGGGUACUCCUAAACAAAAUGAGGCUAUUUUGAAUUUGAUUGAAGUCAAGUGGGAUGAUCUCAUGGGGCAUAUGCCUCUUAAGAUAUGUUACCCUGCUUUGGAAUAUGACGACUGGCGUAUAAUUACAGGCAGUGACCCAAAGAAUACCCCUUGGUCAUAUCACAACGGGGGAUCUUGGCCAACCCUUUUAUGGCAGUAUGAUAGGAACCAUGACGUCAACCUCCUGAUAGAUACUCACCAUUCAUGCUGCUGGUAUCUGCUUCCAUUUUUGUGGGAAUUUGGCUGCUCUAUGAUUCCUUGUUAUUAUAACUCAAACAAAAGGUCCAACGGUGAAAACGGUCAUUUUUUGCUUCACUGAUUUCAACUCCGUGGCUUUACUAAGUAAAAAAUGUGAUGGAACUAGGGGAAAAUGGAAUCAAGAAAGUCUCAAACAAUAAUUAUGUACUUAAAAAAGUUGGAAACAAUGAAAUUAAAGAACAUUUAUAUGCUUAAAGUAACAAGAGUUGUAUAUCUAUUAAUAUUUGUCCUCAAACAUGGUAGUUGAACAAGUUAGAAGAAGAAUCAGUUUCCUUUUAGCAGGCUUGUCCAAUCUGAUUUUGGAAAUCUGUUGCAAUCAUUGCUGAUCAUGGUUUCCUACCAUAGGGUGCUACUGUGGUGCUGGAUUUUUGUUUUGUGGUUUCAAUGAAGAGUAAGAGGUGUAUCCCUUUCCGCCCAGUGUAACCGUGUCCCGUGCAUAAAGGUGUGAGAUACGUGUCUAACACCCUUACACCAUUUAAAAACUUGGAUCCUCUAAUAUUAUAUGACGCUGGAAGAUGAAGACGCUCACAUUUGCUAGGAAAAAAACAAUUCUAGCCUCUCACACGAAUGUGGGAGAUAAAUUUUAUAUUUUUCACUAAAUCCCAUAUAAUUUGAGA